UUUUGUAGAUAAACAGAUAUGUCGUCUAAUGAACAUGAACCGAUGAAAAAGAAAUCUCGGAGAGGGAAAGCCAAGGAUCCUACACUAACAGAGGAUAAAAAUCCGAACUUGAAUUUGGAAACUGAAGCCAUAAAUUCACCGGACUCACCCCUGAGAAAGAAACACACAUCAUCUUCUUUAUCAACUUAUUCUUCAUCAUGCUUAUUGUCUGAACCUGGAGAGGAUGUAGAAUCAAGUGUCUUCAAUAGUCCACCAUCAAGUGAGGAUGAAAGAAAAUAUCCAGCAAGUCACUGGGGUUAUAAAGAUCUGGCAUACAUAAAUAUCUACUAUGAAAGUGAACCAGAGACUUUAGACAAAUUUUUCAAAGAUGUUAAAGAUGCUUUUAUCAAAGAAAAAGGUUUCUGUCCGGACAUAAGCAAAAUAAGUGACAUUUUGAAGAAAGAAGUUGAAGAAGUGUUGACAUUUUCUUAUGACUUGAUGGAAAUUAAAAAUGUUCGCAAAUUGGAUCAUAAAGAAAAGACUGUAAUGAAAGUAAAGCAAGAAAUGAAAGAAAUCGCAGAAAGAGCUAACAUGAGGGAAAUGCCAGUAAUCUCAGAUGAAAAAGUAUUUGGACCAUCUUUAAAGAAAUUUGUACAAAAGGCUGUGGUAAUGAUGGAUUCAACUAUAAUUGAUUUUGCAAAAGAGACAAGUUGUCUAGUAAGAAGGCUAUUAUUUGGAGUUUCCUCGGGUGAAAAGGAGGCAAGGGAAGGAAAAAGUCGAGAUGGAACAGGUUUCCGACACUACUGUGAAUUAUUUGGAAGGAUAUUCUUUUUACUAAAAGGGCCCAUCCCUGAGAGAGUCUUUGAGUUUCAUGGUAAGAAAGUGAGGAGCACCCCUGAUCUGGUCUACCAUUUUGAUUCAGGAAUGUCCUCCGAAGAACUCCUGUUUGUAGUCGAGGCAAAGCAAGCCCCAUUAACAGGGGAUGUGACAGAUAUAGAGGAACUAGUUGGAAAGAGUGUGUUAGGACAGUUUGGAACUGAGCUUCUAGGACAGUCACAGAACUCUGUAUUUUUUCCCAAUGCCCUUGGAGUCCUCUGUAUCAAAACAAAAUUAAUUUUUGCCUUCCUCAAAAUAUCAAAGAAGCAUUCAGAUGGCAUACACAGUGGAGAUAGGGGCACAGUAGAGGAUGCUGGGAAGAUAAUGUACACUGAACCGUUUGAUUUGUUGAAAGCCGAGGACAGACUAAAAUUAGCAGAGUUUAUGUUAUGGUUAGGAAUUGCUCAGGAUUCAGUCAAGUUUCAGCUUUUUUGAUAUGUAGACUUGAGAUUUUUUGGGGGGGGGGGUCAUAUUUGUAU